AUGCAACUACUCCUUGGCCUGAACCUGCUCGCCUCCUUCGUGUCCGCUACGGGCGGAGUGAUUGCAGCCAGCAACCCCGCCACGCUGUCAGGAUCAACACAGGUGACGAGCGGCGAGCGCUACUACCAGCGCAUGUAUACGGUGCGCACUAUUCCCUUCGAGCUGCUAUCGGGCCUCGCUCCCUUCUAUUAUACCGGGCCAGUGGUCUCGCUGCUGGUCGGGGUGUCGGCGAUAGUCCAGGCUGCGGACGUCGCGAUUGGAUUUGGUCAGGGGGACAGAGGAAUGAUCGUCGGGGCCUCCGUUGCGACGGUCAUCCAUACUUUGUGCUUUAUGUCCAUGUGGUGA